UUUACCUACAAAUACUUCCUCCUUUCAUUUACUUUUUCUUCCUGUUUUGAAAUUAUAUGUUCAAUAAAAGAUAGGAAUUCGAGAUGGCAACAUCGAAGCCUACUUCUACGACGGAUUACAUUUAUGAGAUUAACAAGAUGGUACACAAUAUGAACAGUCUUCUUGGACAUGGUAUAGUCGAUCUUCGUGACCAUCUAAAGAAGAAAAAUUCUACAGAAGAAACCCAGGCAGUUUUACAACUAGACGAAAAAUUCUGUGUUGAAAAAGACCAUCUAAAAAAUCAAUUGGACGAAUUCACUAAUCUAUGUGAACAAUUAAGAUCACCCACCAUUCCCACUGUAAUGAGGAAAACGAAAGGGCGCAAUGGAGAAGAACAAGAGGACAGUGGAUACAUGGGUAGUCAAGGCUCACAUGUUUUUGGAAGCGGUUACACACAUAGUUCAAACAGCGGAAUACAGGACGCAACACCGCAUGAUACAUCACAGGUAAGGAAAGCCAUAAUUUUGACCACAUCCGACAUCGAAGAUCUACACCUACCUUCCAACAAAGAUUCGUGAUUGUGCAGCUACACUCUCAGAACAUCUUUUAAACUGACAAAUGAUUACUUUUUACCAACGUCUACCACAGUUUAAUUUUUGUCGAAGCUUACCUCGAUACUGUCGUUUUGAUAUUGUAAACGUGGAUUUGUCGGAACCAAAGUAAUGCAUGUAUUUAUGGUUGAGGUGGACAGUUGGCGUUGCUCCUGAAAUUUUUAUAAUUAGAAUGACGAACUGGCUUAGCGAGCUGGUAUUUAUGACUCAGAGUUUUACCGUACGCUAAAUACGAAUAUGCCGGUUUUGCCAUCUCUGUGAAAUAUUUUAUUUUUAUGGAUAGAGUAACAGUUACAAUCAAUCCACCCUUGGUCAAACUCUUAUAUAUUUUAAAGAGUUUGGAUGUUACUAUAUGGUGCCAGUUAUACAAUUUUGUGAUAGAUUGUAAUUUUGUUAUUUAUCUUAUGUUACGUUUAAAUAUAAUGUUCAUGUUAUGAAUCAUCUUUAUUUAUUUAUAUAUACCUCAUUUUGCAUUUUUUUUAUUGUAACUGUUGUAUUUGAGGGUGAGUCAUUUGCUCUACUUGUAUUUUUUUUAGAUACUUUAAUUGGCAUAAUUUUGAUAUGCAUAAUAUAUAUAGUUCUUUUUGAGGCAGUUACGGUUAUAAUUUGCUAACAAAACAGUGUCAUUUUGUUCUCUUGUGAAGAGUUGUCUCAUUGACAAUCACGCUACAACCUCUUUUCUACAAAGAUUCUUUGACGGGGUAUCAGAUAUCUCGUCAAUACUGACACAUAUACAUCGUGACUAGGAAAUAAUCUUUCAAAAUAUGAUUUCCUGUAAUUGUUUCAAGUGUAAUAGAAGAAUAAAAUUCAUUCAAUAAAAAUGUUAAGAACUAGCUGUUUAUCAUUAUAUAAAAUGUUGAUAAACAGUAACCCCAAAAUAAGACCUAAAUGAAAUGGAAAAACAUAAAAUACAAGAUAGGGAAUAACUAUAAAUGAGGAGAAUAACCUGGGAUGCUAACAAAUGUGGGGUUGUUAUACAAGACGGUCUAGAUUUGGGAGGGAGUGGGGUUCUUCAUUUCUGAAUUAUUUAAUUCUUUAGUCGCCAUUAUCGAACUUGUGAGGCAGCAGUUCUUCUGUACCAUUGAGCUGUUUCAUUUACGAUCUACAUUAUUUUUCAUACACAGAGACAAGAGUGCAUUUGUGUAAAAUAACUUGUUGAAUACGUAUUCAUUGAAGUCAUUGGAUUCAAUCCACAAGCAGUGGCAUCAACCCAGUAGUGAACAUGCGAAAUUAAAAAGAAUACCAAUUGGAAUUUAAAAAGACUAAAUAUUUGUAUAAAAAAAAUCCAUCAAAAUGAUUUCCGAGCUACUCAUUCAUCCUGAAGAUAAUUCAUUCAUGUUUUUUUUCAUGUUUUUGUAAAAUAUAUCGCAUUGAAUGACAUCGUUUACUUGAAUCUGAGAUAUAAUGCAUAGAAUUAUUUCUUACUAAAAUUAAGUUUUGAUAAGCAAUGUCCAUUUAUUUUUGUGUUUAUAUCAUUACGAAUAUACGCCAAAAUGUUGUAAAAUCUAUGAACAAAAUUACAAAUCUGAUAGCAAAAGAUUGAAGGACAUUUAGAAAAUUACCCUUUUAUGAAAUAAAUUCAUGGGGACUUGGCCACUCUUUCGUUCUCAUAAGAGUUACAUUUAUUUAUGUCUUUGUUAACAUAAAGUGUUUGGAAGUUAAUAAAGAAAAGUGAAUAUGAGCACUUAAUGAAUCUUGUUUCUCUCAAAAUAAAAUUUCAAACUAAAUAAUUGGUUCUAAUCUUAUUAGAUUUACAGUUCUGAUAUUAGAAAAUCAAAUGUGGAUCGGACACAGCAAUACAUAAUUUUCAUAUGAAAUCUAAAUAUAUAUGAAUUGAAGUGGAAGAGUUAUUUUGGUUUGAUUCAGUGUCAUGUAAAUCUAUUUUGUUAUGAACAUUACAGUAUUACAUGAAUCUUUUAUUUAUAUAAAAAAUGAAAAUAUAUGUGUUUUAAUAUUAUUGUUUAAAGUUCGUCACGUACAAAGUUGCCUUGUUUGGUACGUGCAUCAUUAAAUAUUCUAGAAAGGUGUA